CUGCUUGGGCCAGCACAAUCUGAACCUCUUAGGGGUGACAGAGAGCUGGACAGGCGAAGCUGCUCCUUCGGUGCCUGCAGGAGCCUGCGGGUGGAUUCCUCUGCUGAGUACUCAGGGAAUGUUUAAUGCAACCGGCUGCCUCAUCUCCUGGAGUGAGCUGCUACACACUGGGACAACAGCGGCACAGCAUGAUCUCCUCCUCGGAUCCGGUCACCAUGGAAAUAUCUCCAAAAAGCCCUAACGGGAGUGAAAAAUCACCUCAGUCCAAGGAGCUGCUGCCCAGUAACACAGCCAGCACCCUGUGUAUCAGCUCUCGGAGCGAGUCUGUCUUGACUAGCGAACCCAGAAGCAAGUGGGACAUAUACCGCAAGCCCAUCACCGUUGUGUCUGUCGGAGCAGCUGUGUUCCUCUUUGGGGUGGUUAUUACCAGCCUGUCUUGCAUCCAGUCCAAGAACAAAGAUAUUUACAAAAUGUGUGGUCCAGCUUUCCUGUCCAUGGGACUGAUGCUCCUUGUUUGUGGCCUUGUCUGGAUCCCGAUCAUCCGGAAGAAGCAAAAGCAGAGACAGAAGUCAAAGUUUCUUCAGCGCCUCAAGUCUUUCUUCUUUAACCACUGAGGGCAGUGCAGAAAUGCUCCCCUGCCCUCUACUCACCUGUGCUGACUAGUCAUAAAAAAAUAAUAAUAAAUAAAGUGUUCUUGUUGUCUCCUAGAGAAAUUCAACCCAGUCUCUUCCCUAUAAGUGAACACACUGUGCCAGUACCCAGUGUGAAAGUGAACUUUGUGUUUUACCUAGGAAUCCCAGAAAAAGAAAGCCAAAUUUUCCAGCUAAACCUAGCAAGGAAAGUCCAAGCUGUCUGCAUUGCCAUCAUAUACAGUAACCAGCCCUACGUCAUGUACUGGGAAAUACAAAGUUAAGCUUGUCUCUACCAAGUAGCUUCUGCAAGAUAUGUCAGCAGAGAAUGUCCUGUUCUCUGGGGAACCCUCCUGUUCAGAGGGGAACCUAUCAGCUACAGAGCAUGGAUAAAUACUGAUUUGAACAUUGUUGACUGCAGAUAGUAGUUCAGACCUGGAAAAUGGGAAGCAAGAUGUGGUUUGCCCAGGGUCAGUUGAGACGUGAAGUAGGACAGUAUAGUUCCAGACUACUUUGUAUCAGGAGAGACCACCAGAACAAGGAACACACAUUACCAAAGUUUAGGAGGCUCAGACAUGAAGCCCAUGGCCAGGACUUUCCUGUUGUUGUUCUGUAAUGAUGGCUGGCUCACAUAUGGCUGUAAACUGGUGCUCACAGUGGAGUGAUGGCAUAUAUUUAUUCCUUUACAGAGUCAAGGCAAGGAGCAGCAGCACAAGCAGCAUGGUUUGAGGGUUUUUUUGGUUUGUUUGUUUUGUUUGUUUGUUUGUUUGUUUGUUUGUUUUGAUCUCUUGGGCAGAGGGUGUUUAAUAAAGGCUGUUCCUCAAGGCCUGCAAAGGCAAAGUUGUUUUGAAGCAUCUCUCCACAUGUGUUGAUGUUUUCUGCCAGAGCCACCCUCAAACCUGAACUAUCAGCUGUUUCACAAAACCAGAACUGAACCACAGGCAAGUGAGACAGGUUCUUUAUCUCCAACAUUCUCCAUUCCUUCCUUUAAUAAAUGUGUGCCCUGAGGCAAUUUACCAAGAAAAGCAAGAAUACUUCCCA